AAUCGUGUUGCUCCGCCCACUCCCAAACAUUCACGAGAAGUACAAGAAACAAAACAGAGGGGAACAUGUCGUCUCUCUUCAGACUUAUUUCGUAAAGGACUCUGGGCUUUUAGAUCGAAGCCACUUUCAUUUUCCACGUCGGUUUAUUUUGCUAGAGACGUGUCGACGUUAUCACCCCGUCUGAAGCAGUAGCUUUGUGUAAAACUACAACACGUGGAGAUUCACACUUAGGAACCGGCUUUUUACUCAUUGCAGAGCCUCUGGCGUUGACGUGGACUUUAGAAUAUGGACUACAUGCCGGAUGACAACUCCAGAUACAAAGAUGUUGACUACUGGGAUGAAAGAUACAAGACAGAGCAGUGUUAUGACUGGUUGGGCAGCUUCUCCAAAUUCCAACACCUUCUGGAAGAACACGUCAAGAAGGAGGAUGGGAUUCUGAUACUGGGUUGUGGAAACAGCAGUAUGAGCAGCGACAUGUACAGCGCCGGCUACCGCUCCAUCACCAACAUAGAUUAUUCCUCGGUGUGCAUCAGCACAAUGGCCGCCAGGUACAACGACUGCCCCGGCAUGACCUGGCAUCAGAUGGACGUGCGCCAGCUCUGCUUCCCCGCGGCGUCCUUCGAUGUCAUCCUCGAGAAGGCCACGCUGGACGCCAUCAUGGUGGAGGAGAAGUCACCGUGGCAGGUGUCCCCUCAGACGGCCUGUUUUGUUCACCAAGCACUCACAGAGAUCAGCCGCUGUUUGAAGCCUGGUGGACGAUUCAUCUCCGUUACCUUCGCCCAGCCCUUCUUCAGGAAACGGCUCUAUGCUCGCGCAGAAUACAACUGGUCCAUCAAACAGUACAGUUACGGAGAAGGCUUUGAAUAUUUUGUGUAUGUGAUGACCAAAGGAGAGCAGCUUAGUCCAGAGGAUGCCGCCAUGGAGAAAAAGCUACUGGAGGACACUAAAUCCGCACCUACCACGAUCACCUCAACACAAAAUGAGGAUAAGGAAGACUUCCUGUCUAAUAUUGACUUGUAAAGUGAUGGAUUAUCUAAUGGAGUCUGAGGAAUACAUUUUUCCAAAGACCUCAGAAACUCAAACCUCACCAACAGAAACAUUCUCUGUUACCCCAGUUAUUUUUAGAUUGAACUACUGUGUAUUUUUAAUUAUAGUCUGGGCAUAGACGUUCUUAUGGAUGUCUGUUUGGACUUGUUUUAUACUGGCAUUAGACCACCAGGAACACUUAAUACAAAUAAAAUCAUUUUAUACUAUA